GCUUCCUGCCUCCUCCACUAUAGUCCGCACCACCAUGGCACCAACUGCCCACCUCUUCUGCCUCCUGGCCCUGCUGGUGGUAGACUUAGCCCAAGGCAUCAGGGGCUCCCUUAGGGCCCAGGACCCAGGUCCCCGGCCACUGGAGCUGAAAGAAGUCUUUGCGUGGUUCCAGAUGCAGUUUAACCGGAGUUACUUGAUCCCAGCAGAGCACGCGCGCCGUCUGGACAUCUUUGCCCACAACCUGGCCCAGGCUCAGAGACUGCAGGAGGAGGACCUGGGCACAGCUGAGUUUGGGGUGACUCCAUUCAGUGACCUCACAGAGGAGGAGUUUGCCCAGCUCUAUGGGAAUCGGAAGACAGCCAGAGGGGUCCCCAGCAUGAACAGAAUGGCAGAGUAUGAAGGGCUGGGGGAGUCGACACCCCACACCUGUGAUUGGCGGAAGAAGACUGAUGUCAUCUCGCCCAUCAAGAACCAGAAAAACUGCGCCUGCUGCUGGGCCAUAGCGGCAGCAGGCAACAUCGAGGCCCUGUGGAGCAUCAGGAGCAAGCCCGUGGAAGUCUCCGUGCAGGAGCUACUCGACUGUAACCGCUGUGGGGAUGGCUGCCAGGGUGGCUUCAUCUGGGAUGCGUUCAUAACUGUCCUCAACAAUAGUGGCCUGGCCAGUGAAAGGGACUACCCGUUCCAGGGCAAAGUGGAGCCCCACAGGUGCCUGGCCAAGAAGUACAAGAAGGUGGCCUGGAUCCAGGACUUUAUCAUGCUGCAGGAAGACGAGCAGAGAAUUGCCCAGUACCUGGCCACCCAUGGUCCCAUCACUGUGACCAUCAACAAGAAGCUACUGCAGCAAUACAAGAAAGGUGUGAUCAAGGUCACGCCCGACACCUGUGACCCCCGGUUUGUGGACCAUUCCGUCCUGCUGGUGGGUUUUGGCAGGGACAAGCCGGGGGAAGGGAUGCCGGCAGAGACAGUCGCCUCCCAGUCUCGCCCUCGCCGCUCUCUCCCAUACUGGAUCCUGAAGAACUCCUGGGGGUCCCACUGGGGAGAGGAGGGCUACUUCCGGCUGCACCGAGGUAGCAACACCUGCGGCAUCACCAAGUACCCGCUCACAGCCCGUGUGGUCCCUCCUAAGGCAUCCCUGGUCUCCUGCCCUCCCUGA